AAUGCUUUUGUGAUGGACAAGUUGUUAUAUAUUAAGAUGGCGCUAUAACUGAGUGGUUGGUUAUAUUUCUUUCCCGUGAACUUAGAUUCACUCUAUGCAACAGUAUUAGCCAGAAUCAAAAAUUCUGCUUCGAAGAUUCUAAAUUGUCCUCAGAUAAUAAACAAGAACAUUCAGCAAACAAAGACCAUGAUGCUAAAAGCAACAUCAAUAGUAAGUAGUGUUUCAGAUCUUACUACAAAUGCAGUUAUAACUGUAAUAUGGACGAAUGUGGGACAGCCACGAAUGCAUAUCAGGCAAGAUAGAUCUUGCACGAUCCAUCCAGAUCACACUCCGCACAAUUUUUUAAAGCUGUUUCCAUACAGCUUGCUGCUGCAGAUAACUCACUACACUAGCUAGAGAUUGGAUAUAUUUUCAAAGCGAAAGAGAAAAGAUCAAAAAUAGUCCUACGAGAUCAUGAUAUUUAUUGGCUGUUUUAUUUUCAUUGAGCUAAGCACAAAUCCAUGGGGAAACUCUUAUGAAUGCAUUUUCAAGUGAUACAAUCAAAUUGAUUAUGUUGAAACUGUAUGUCGCUAAACCGGAUAAACCUCAACAAGAAAGCAAGUUGUAUAACGUUGAAGAUUUGCUCUCAUGCCUGAAAUCAAUCAUUAUGAAGCAGAGGCAGAACUGUCCGUUUCAAAACAUUGAUGACUCAAUGACUAAAUUCAAUGGAAGGUAUACUUCUAAGCAAUACCUUCCCAUGAAGGCUGUAAAACGUGGGAUGAAACUCGAACGCGAUGAGACCCUCAGUGGAUAUAAACACGAUGUGAAUGUUUAUGCAAGUAAAGAUGAUAAAGGCCGAAACAGACCAUUAGAUGAGAAGGCUGUGAAGACUUUACUUACUAUACCAGACGGUGAAGAUGCAUUAGACAGUUUUUUUACUUCAGUUCAUCGCAUGUACAUUAAUGCCACAUCGCUGUGGGACUGCUCUCAAAACCAGAAUACAUCUUCCAGCUUUUGAAGGAAAAACUCAGCCGUGGUGAUUAUAAAUUUAACUGUAACAUGAAUGGAACGUUAUCAUUUUGACGGAAGGGUAGAAAAAAAGUGUUAGUGCUGAGCAACUUUCACACAAACACAGCUGAUGAAGUUAGGACGAAGCAACGAGAUGGACCAAUAAACAUUUUCUGCCCUGCUGCUAUACGAUGAUACAUACAAACAAAUUAUGGGUGGCGUUGAUAGAGAGCGCCAUGUGGCUGGUGUGUAUGAACUAGAUCCAAAGUCUACCAAAUGGUGGAAAAAAUUUCUUUAUCGUAUACUGGCAUUUUCCGAUCAAUACGUGGUUGAUUUACACAGAAUUGCACAGACUUUAUAAGAUCUAUA